AUGGACUCCGACAUGGAGACUGCGUCGGACGCCUCGGUCCGGCUUGAAAACGACGCCGAAUCCGACUCGGGCUCGGAUACGGCGAGACCCGCUGCCGACCGCCGCGGCAACAGCAAGAAGAACGGGCUCAGCCGUGCAAGGGCUGACCUUAAAAAUAAAGAGGAGGAAGAGAGGGAGCUCGCCUUCGAGCGGACCCUGCGCAGUCGAGCCUUCAGAAAGGUGCCGGCUGCGGCGCCGGUGGUCGAAGAGCCGACCCCACCGAUAAAAGAUCCGGCCAACCUCAAUGCCGAGGAGCUCCGCGCGGAGGCUGGAAGGUGUGCGACCGAGAUCAGAGAGGUCGCAUUAAAAUCCUCCAACUUAAAAGGAGGAUUUAUCAAGAGGCUGAAAGACGCAGCGGCCUCUCUAGAGGGUGUGGUCGAGGCCCUCGCCUCUCGGACGGAGGCUGACGAGAGCAGGAGGCUCAGGGCGGACAACAACCGCCUGCACAGAGAGGUCGAAAACCUCAAGGCGGAAAUCAAAGCCCACCGACGUGAGUACGCGGAGAUGCGUACCACGUUGGUAGCGGCAAACGAGACGUCCAACACCCCGCAAAGUGCUCCCUCGAUGAAAGAGCUGAAGGACUUCAUCGUCACGUCGAUCGGCGCGGCGAUGAAGGACCAACUGGCGGGCCUGGAGGAGCGCCUCCCUGCGAGGAUGCAGCGACCUCCCUCUGCGGCGGAUAAACCGCAGCCGUCGCAGGAACGACCGCCAUCUACCUCAACGGCCCGCCAGGACGGAGGAGCCUCAGCCAGGCCUAGGAAGGUGGCUCCACGAACCGCUCAGACCGCGCCCACCGCUUGCCCACCGAGCGCACCGGCACCGGCGACGUCCCAAACGCCACCGAACCAGGAGACGUCCUGGUCCACGGUGGUGAGAAAGGGUAAGAAGGGGAGCAAGACCGCCCCUUCUGCUGCUAAAGCACCGCCGAAAACGCCCCAGCCAGCCAAGACGAAACUGGCUACCCCUCGAUCGGCUGCAAUCGUUCUCACGUUGCAGCCGGAAGCAGUAGGGAAGGGCGUCACCUACGCGCAGGUCCUGGAGAGAGCGGAACAAAAUGUCAAGCUCCAGGACCUAGGGAUCAGCGGCGGGCUGAAGGUGCGACGCACGGCGACCGGGGCCAGGGUUCUCGAAUUGCCGAGAGCCCAAGCGGAGCAGGCCGAGAGGUUGGCAGAGAAGCUCCGCACAGCGCUCGACGGGGUCGCGGACGUAGUGCGGCCAGUUAAGAAGGCCGACCUGAAGGUGACGGGGCUCGACGACUCCGUCACCUCGGAGAAACUGGCCGCGGCGAUCGCGCGCGCAGGCGACUGCUCCAUAGAGUCGGUGAAGUGCGGCGUGAUGCAGCGCGGACCCGGCUAUAUGGGGAUGGUCCGGGUCACCUGCCCCCUCACGGCAGCGAAAAAGCUGGCCGCUGCCGGUCGCCUCCUCGUCGGGUGGAGCUCGGCCAAGGUGGCCGUCGUGGAGCAGCGCCCUAUGCGCUGCUACAAAUGUAUGGGCCUUGGCCACACGAGGGCGCUCUGCCCGUCGAAGGCGGAGAGGGGUGGCCUGUGCUACCGCUGUGGCUCGGACGGCCACAAGUCAGCGGUAUGCACGGCCAAGAUGCGCUGCGCGGUCUGCGCGGAGGCCGGGAAACCCUCCGGGCAUCUGAUGGGGGCGAGGGAUUGCAACCCCCCCAUCACGAAGGGUAAGGCGGCUCUAGGAGCCAAGACCGCCCCGCGCGAGGAAAGCCGCCAGGCUACGGAGGGAGCUAGUUCGACUCAAGGAUGCCAGAACAAAUAA